UGAGGGAUGCAGGACUACAAUCCCCGCAGCCCAUAUAAAGAGAUUGUGCGGGGAGGAGGGGGACAGAGCGGAGCAUGGAUGCGCUGCGAGCCUGGACUGUGUGGAGCAGCAGCGGGCAGGGUGGCAGGCGGCUUCUGUGAGUCCAGGUCACACUGUUGCUGACACGAAGGAAAAUACAAGGAACAGCAAGCAUGUCAGACAAGAUGUCGAGUUUUCUUCAUGUGGGGGAUAUCGUAUCCCUGUAUGCUGAGGGGUCAGUCAAUGGAUUUAUCAGCACUCUGGGCUUGGUGGAUGACCGAUGUGUGGUACAGCCAGAAGCUGGGGACCUUAAUAAUCCACCCAAAAAGUUUCGAGACUGCUUGUUCAGGCUCUGCCCCAUGAACAGAUAUUCUGCACAGAAACAGUUCUGGAAAGCUGCAAAGCCAGGCGCGAGUAGUACAACGGACACGGUUCUACUCAACAAAUUACACCAUGCAGCAGAUUUGGAGAAAAAGCAGAAUGAGACUGAGAAUCGCAAGCUCUUGGGGACAGUCAUCCAGUAUGGAAAUGUUAUCCAGAUGCUCCAUUUAAAGAGUAACAAGUAUCUGACUGUGAACAAGCGUCUCCCUGCACUGCUAGAAAAGAAUGCCAUGCGCGUGACACUGGAUGAAGCUGGAAAUGAAGGCUCCUGGUUCUACAUUCAGCCAUUUUACAAGCUCCGCUCUAUUGGGGACAGUGUUGUUAUAGGAGAUAAAGUUGUUCUUAACCCAGUAAAUGCCGGGCAGCCUCUACAUGCCAGUAGUCAUCAGCUGGCAGAUAAUCCAGGAUGUAAUGAGGUGAAUUCUGUGAAUUGUAACACAAGUUGGAAGAUUGUUCUGUUUAUGAAGUGGAGCGACAAUAAAGAUGACAUCUUAAAAGGGGGGGAUGUGGUACGCUUGUUCCAUGCAGAGCAGGAAAAGUUCCUGACAUGUGAUGAGCACAGGAAAAAGCAGUAUGUGUUUCUGAGGACGACAGGUCGACAGUCUGCUACUUCAGCCACUAGUUCCAAGGCUUUAUGGGAAGUGGAAGUAGUUCAACAUGACCCAUGUAGAGGGGGUGCAGGCUACUGGAACAGUCUUUUUAGGUUCAAGCAUCUUGCAACUGGGCAUUACCUGGCUGCAGAGGUAAAUCCUGACUAUGAUGCAGGUUGCCUGGAGUCUGAGGUUUCCAUGGAUACAGAACAAGACCCAACCCGUGCCAGGCUCUGCUUAGACUCGGAGAAGAUUAAAUGUACGUUGGUGUCUGUCCCUGAAGGCAAUGAUAUUUCCUCUAUCUUUGAGCUAGAUCCUACUACACUCCGAGGGGGAGACAGCUUGGUACCAAGAAACUCUUAUGUUCGUCUGCGGCAUCUCUGCACCAACACCUGGGUCCACAGCACCAACAGCCCCAUAGACAAGGAUGAGGAAAAGCCGGUCAUGCUGAGGAUUGGAACAUCACCCAUAAAAGAAGACAAGGAAGCUUUUGCCAUUGUUCCAGUGUCACCUGCUGAGGUGCGAGAUCUGGAUUUUGCUAAUGAUGCCAGCAAAGUUUUAUCUUCCAUUGCAGGAAAAUUGGAGAAGGGAACUAUCACCCAGAAUGAGAGGAGGGCUGUGACCAAGCUGCUGGAGGAACUGGUCUACUUUGUGACAGCUGGCGUUAAUUCUGGCCAAGAUGUCCUAGAGGUUCUGGUGAACAAACCUAACCGUGAGCGUCAGAAACUGAUGCGGGAGCAAAAUAUUCUUAAACAAAUCUUCAAGCUGUUGCAGGCGCCAUUUACGGACAGUGGGGAUGGUCCAAUGCUGAGGCUAGAGGAGCUGGGAGAUCAGCGGCAUGCACCUUUUAGACACAUUUGUCGACUCUGCUACCGUGUAUUGAGACAUUCACAGCAAGAUUACAGGAAAAAUCAGGAAUACAUUGCCAAGCAGUUUGGCUUCAUGCAGAAGCAGAUUGGUUAUGAUGUUUUGGCUGAAGAUACCAUCACUGCUCUGCUGCACAAUAAUCGCAAGUUGUUGGAGAAGCACAUUACAGCGGCAGAAAUCGACACAUUUGUCAGCCUGGUGAGAAAGAAUCGAGAACCAAGGUUUCUGGAUUAUCUGUCUGACCUCUGUGUUUCCAUGAAUAAAUCCAUCCCAGUCACUCAGGAGUUGAUCUGUAAGGCAGUAUUGAACCCUGCAAAUGCAGACAUCCUCAUCGAGACAAAGCUGGUCCUGUCUCGGUUUGAGUUUGAAGGCCUUAACAGUGGCGAUAACCCAUUGGAAGCUGGAGAGGAUGAAGAGGAGGUUUGGCUUUUUUGGAGGGACAGUAAUAAGGAGACUCGCAGUAAGAGCAUAAGAGAGCUGGCUCAAGAUGCCAAAGAAGGUCAGAAAGAAGAUCAAGAUGUCCUUAGUUAUUACAGAUACCAACUCAACCUCUUUGCUCGGAUGUGCCUGGACCGGCAAUAUCUGGCCAUUAAUGAGAUCUCCGGACAGCUGGAUGUAGACCUCAUCUUGCGUUGUAUGGCUGAUGAAAACCUGCCGUUUGAUCUGAGAGCGUCUUUCUCCCGCCUAAUGCUUCACAUGCAUGUGGACAGAGACCCACAGGAACAAGUGACACCAGUGAAAUAUGCUCGUCUAUGGUCAGAAAUACCAUCUGAGAUAGCCAUUGAGGACUACGACAGCAGUGGGACCUCCAGGGAAGAUAUAAAGGAGAGGUUUGCUCAGACCAUGGAGUUUGUGGAAGAAUAUCUACGGGAUGUGGUUGGGCAAAGGUUUCCUUUCUCAGAUAAGGAAAAGAACAAGUUGACCUUUGAGGUGGUGAACUUAGCGCGUAACCUCAUUUACUUUGGCUUUUACAACUUCAGCGACCUUCUCAGAUUGACAAAGAUACUUCUGGCUAUCCUGGACUGUGUGCACCUUGCAGCCAACCUACCAUCUAACAAAAUGGGCAAAGGGGAUGAAAAACAAGGUGGCAGUAAUGUGAUGCGCUCUAUACAUGGUGUCGGAGAGCUCAUGACACAGGUUGUGUUACGCGGUGGUGGCUUCCUUCCAAUGACACCCCUGGCAGCACCUGAAGGAGCCAUCAAACCUCAGCGGGAACCAGAGAAGGAGGACAUACUUGUCAUGGACACGAAGUUGAAGAUUAUAGAGAUAUUACAGUUUAUUCUCAAUGUCCGUUUGGAUUACCGGAUCUCCUGCCUCCUAUGCAUCUUUAAGAAUGAAUUUGAUGAGAGCAAUUCUCAGACUGGAGAUGGGUCAGAGACGACCACAGUGGUGCCAGGAGCUCUGGAUUUUGAGCACAUUGAGGAACAGGCAGAAGGAAUCUUUGGAGGAAGUGAGGAGAACACUCCUUUGGACCUGGAUGAUGAUGGUGGGCGCACAUUUCUACGAGUCUUGCUGCAUCUCACAAUGCAUGACUAUCCCCCUCUAGUGUCAGGAGCCCUGCAGCUUCUUUUUCGCCAUUUCAGCCAGCGACAGGAGGUUCUGCAGGCUUUUAAACAGGUCCAACUCCUAGUGACCAGUCAGGAUGUUGAUAACUACAAGCAGAUUAAACAAGACUUGGACCAACUGAGAUCCAUUGUGGAGAAGUCUGAGCUCUGGGUGUACAAGGGAUCUGGUCCAGAAGAGGCUCCAGAGCCAGCAGCUGGGAAUACAGUGGUCAAAGAUGAGGGAUCCCGGACCCCUAAGAAACCAGAGAGUACAAGUAGUUACAACUACAGAGUAGUUAGAGAGAUUCUCCUACGUCUCAGCAAGCUCUGUGUGCAGGAAAACACAUCAGGACGGCGAAAUCGCAAACAGCAGCAGCGUCUUUUACGUAACAUGGGAGCACACACAGUGGUGCUGGAACUCUUGCAGAUCCCAUAUGAAAAGACAGAGGACACGCGGAUGCAGGCCAUCAUGAGAAUUGCUCAUGAAUUCUUGCAGAACUUCUGCGCAGGGAAUCAACAAAACCAGGCUCUGCUGCACAAACACAUCAACCUGUUCCUGACUCCUGGGAUCUUGGAAGCUGUCACCAUGCAGCACAUCUUCAUGAAUAACUUCCAGUUGUGCAGCGAGAUCAAUGAGCGUGUUGUCCAGCAUUUUGCUCACUGUAUCGAGACUCACGGACGCAGCGUUCAGUACAUAAAGUUUCUGCAGACUAUCGUGAAGGCUGAAGGGCGGUUCAUUAAGAAGUGCCAGGAUAUAGUCAUGGCGGAGCUGGUGAACUCCGGUGAGGACGUCUUGGUCUUCUACAAUGAUCGGGCUUCUUUCCAAACUCUGGUGCAGAUGAUGCGUUCUGAGAGGGAGCGAAUGGAUGAGAAUAGUCCUCUGAUGUAUCACAUUCACUUGGUGGAGCUCCUGGCCGUGUGCACAGAAGGCAAGAAUGUCUACACAGAGAUAAAGUGCAACUCUCUGCUCCCACUGGAUGACAUUGUCCGUGUGGUCACUCAUGAAGACUGCAUCCCGGAGGUGAAGAUCGCCUACAUAAACUUCCUCAAUCACUGCUACGUAGAUACAGAAGUGGAAAUGAAAGAGAUUUACACCAGUAACCACAUGUGGAAACUCUUUGAGAAUUUUCUGGUUGACAUCUGUAGGGUCUGUAACAGCACCAGUGAUCGGAAACACGCGGACCUUGUGCUUGAACGAUAUGUAACCGAGACGGUGAUGAGCAUUGUUAACACCUUCUUCAGCUCUCCUUUUUCUGACCAGAGCACAACCCUGCAGACCCGGCAGCCGGUGUUCGUCCAGCUCCUGCAGGCGGUGUUCAGGGUCUAUCACUGUAGCUGGCUCUUACCAUCCCAGAAGGCAUCAGUGGAGAGCUGCAUCCGGGUACUGUCAGAUGUCGCAAAGAGCCGUGCCAUAGCUAUCCCAGUUGAUCUAGACAGUCAAGUGAACAACUUGUUUUUGAAGAGUCAUAACAUAGUGCAGAAGACUGCUAUGAACUGGAGGAUGUCUGUGCGGAAUGCUGCCCGACGGGACUCUGUGCUGGCUGCAUCACGGGACUAUCGUAACAUUAUUGAGCGGUUACAGGAUAUAGUUUCCUCACUCGAAGACAGGCUGCGUCCCCUUGUUCAAGCCGAGCUUUCUGUUCUUGUGGAUGUUUUACACAGACCAGAGCUUCUGUUUCCAGAAAACACAGAUGCCCGCAAGAAGUGUGAGAGCGGACAGUUCAUCUGCAAGUUAAUCAGGCACACCAAGCAACUUUUAGAAGAAAAUGAGGAGAAGCUUUGCAUUAAAGUCCUGCAAACCUUGAGGGAGAUGAUGGCAAAAGAUCGGGGCUAUGGAGACAAGCUUAUAACCAUUGAUGCUCUGGAAAGUUCUGAGCCACUGGACUCUGGCCAGGCACAGCCUCUGAGGCAGCUGCAAGAUAUAAGACGGGGUGAAGCGCUACGGGUGAUUUUGGUAAACCGAUACUAUGGCAACAUGAGGCACAGCGGAAGACGGGAGAGUCUCACAAGCUAUGGUAAUGGUCCUGGAGGCGGCGGUGGAAAAUCUGGCAGUGGAGCCAGUGCAGGAUCAGUGGGCCUCAGCCGAGGAGAGAUGAGUCUGGCUGAUGUUCAGUGUCACCUCGAUAAAGAAGGGGCAUCGGACCUAGUGAUUGACCUGAUCAUGAAUGCUACCAGUGACCGGGUCUUCCAUGAGAGCAUCCUACUUGCGAUUGCACUUCUCGAGGGAGGCAACACAACUAUUCAGCAUUCGUUCUUUUGCCGGCUUACUGAGGACAAGAAAUCUGAGAAAUUCUUCAAAGUUUUCUUUGAUCGGAUGAAAGUGGCUCAACAAGAAAUUAAAGCCACGGUGACCGUAAAUACCAGUGACCUAGGGAGCAAGAAGCGGGAUGAGGAGCAGUCUGAAAGGGAGACCCCGCACCGGAAGUCAGUGCGAGAAGAAAGCACACAAAUUACAGAGGAGGCCAAAGAACAGCUUCUAGAGGCUUCUGUUGCCACCAAGAAAGCUUUCAGCACUUUCCGGCGGGAGGCAGACCCUGAUGAUCACUUCUCUGCUGGGGAUGGCGGCCUGACUGUUUCAGAGAAAGGAAGAGAUGAGCUGGAGAUGAGUGCGGUCAUCACCAUUAUGCAGCCAAUCCUACGGUUCUUGCAGCUACUUUGCGAGAACCAUAACCGGGACCUACAGAAUUUCUUACGCUGCCAAAAUAACAAAACCAACUACAAUCUGGUCUGCGAGACCCUGCAGUUUCUUGACUGCAUCUGUGGGAGCACAACUGGUGGCCUUGGCCUUCUGGGUCUAUACAUCAAUGAAAAGAAUGUCGCUCUAAUUAACCAGACGCUGGAGAGCUUAACAGAGUACUGCCAAGGACCGUGCCAUGAAAAUCAGAACUGCAUAGCGACCCAUGAGUCUAAUGGCAUAGAUAUCAUCACGGCGCUGAUCCUAAAUGACAUUAACCCUCUGGGCAGGAAAAGGAUGGACUUGGUGUUAGAGCUCAAGAACAAUGCUUCCAAGCUGCUGCUGGCCAUCAUGGAGAGUCGUCAUGACAGCGAGAACGCAGAGCGGAUCUUGUAUAAUAUGAGACCAAAGGAGCUGGUGGAGGUGAUAAAGAAGGCUUAUCUACAGGGGGAGGUGGAGUUUGACGAUGGAGAGAGCUGUGAGGAUCACGCUGCUUCUCCCCGCAAUGUUGGGCACAAUAUUUACAUCCUGGCACAUCAGCUUGCACGACACAACAAGGAACUGCAGCAUAUGCUGAAACCAGGAGUCCAGACAGUGGAUGGGGAUGAGGCACUGGAAUUUUAUGCCAAACAUACAGCACAGAUUGAGAUUGUACGGCUUGACCGGACAAUGGAGCAGAUAGUUUUCCCUGUGCCAAGUAUAUGUGAGUUUCUUACCAAGGAGUCAAAACUGCGAGUUUAUUACACGACUGAAAGAGAUGAGCAAGGAAGCAAGAUCCAUGACUUCUUCCAACGAUCAGAAGAUCUAUUCAAUGAAAUGAACUGGCAGAAAAAACUAAGAGCGCAGCAUGUACUGUACUGGUGUUCUAGAAACAUGACCUUCUGGAGUAGCAUCUCGUUCAACCUGGCCGUGCUUAUGAAUCUCCUUGUUGCAUUUUUCUACCCUUUCAUUGGUGUACGAGGAGGAACACUGGAUUCCCGUCUCUCAGGUCUACUCUGGACAGCCAUGCUUGUUUCUUUAGCCAUAGUCAUAGUCCUUCCCAAGCCACAUGGAAUCAGAGCUUUGAUUGCUUCCACCAUCCUGCGACUCAUCUUUUCCAUUGGGCUUCAACCUACAUUGUUUCUUCUAGGGGCAUUUAAUGUGUGCAAUAAAAUAAUCUUCCUUACAAGCUUUGUGGGAAAUCGUGGCACCUUUACUCGUGGUUAUGGAGCAAUGGUCUUGGAUGUUGAAUUUCUUUACCAUUUGUUAUAUCUUCUCAUCUGUGCUAUGGGGGUCUUUGUACAUGAAUUCUUCUACAGUUUGCUGCUUUUUGAUCUAGUGUACCGAGAGGAGACUCUGCUCAAUGUGAUCAAGAGUGUGACCAGGAAUGGGCGGUCGAUCAUCCUGACUGCUGUUCUGGCAUUGAUUCUGGUCUAUUUGUUCUCCAUCGUGGGAUACCUUUUCUUUAAAGAUGACUUUAUACUGGAAGUGGAUAGAUUGCCAAAUGAGACUGCCUUCCCCGAGACUGGAAGCUCAAUGGCCCGAGAGCUUUUGUAUCCAGAAGUUUGCCGGUUGGAAUCGGGAGGCAACUGCACCCAAGAUGAGGUCUCUGAGGAUGUAGAGGAAGAAGAAAAGGAACAUACCUGUGAGACACUACUAAUGUGCAUAGUAACUGUCCUUAGUCAUGGACUUAGAAGUGGUGGCGGUGUUGGAGAUGUUCUACGGAAACCUUCUAAAGAGGAGCCUCUCUUUGCAGCACGAGUAAUCUACGACUUGCUGUUCUUCUUUAUGGUGAUCAUUAUUGUGUUGAACUUGAUUUUUGGAGUCAUCAUUGAUACUUUUGCUGACCUGAGGAGCGAGAAGCAGAAGAAAGAGGAAGUGAUAAAGACUACGUGUUUCAUUUGUGGGCUGGAACGAGACAAAUUUGACAAUAAAACUGUGACGUUUGAGGAGCACAUUAAGGAGGAACAUAACAUGUGGCACUAUUUGUUUUUUAUUGUACUGGUGAAAGUGAAAGACUCCACGGAAUACACUGGACCAGAAAGCUAUGUGGCAGAAAUGAUAAAGGAUAGAAAUCUUGACUGGUUUCCUAGAAUGAGAGCGAUGUCCCUUGUAAGCAGUGACUCUGAAGGUGAACAGAAUGAAUUAAGGAAUCUGCAGGAGAAGUUGGAAUGCACCAUGCGUCUGGUAACCUAUUUGUCCAGCCAGCUAAGUGAGCUUAAGGAUCAGAUGACAGAGCAACGAAAGCAAAAACAGAGGAUUGGUCUCCUGGGGCAACCCGCUCAUCUAAAUCUCAAUCCCCAGCAACCGGCAUAGUUGAACACAUCCAACGUGGUUUGGCAUCUUCUCCUCUAUCCCUGGAUUUGUUAGGGUGAAAGAUGUGCCACCCAAACCCAUCGUUCCUCCACUUCCUUGUUCCACACCACUACUGCUGUCACCACUCCAACCACCCUUUUUAGAACUGAUGGCAUCCAAUAUUGGAAGUCUAGUGCCAAAUGCUCCCAACUCUCGGGAAGGAACGGACUUUGCACUUGAGAAUCUAUAAAACAAACUGACUUCAGAGGGAAAGAUCAUUUUAUACUUAAAAGAUUCUAUUUAUGAAAAAAUAAUUUUUCCUUUUUUUGUAAUUUAUGAUGUCUGUGUGUACGGACCCUGUGUAACUAUAAUGCUGUAGUACCUUGUGUUGGGGGAUCUUCCUUCUCUCAGCCCCAACAUUACCCCAUUAGAGGAAGACUCUUCCUAUUUUGACAUGCCAGUCUUGAGCAAUCCUGGAUACACAUAGGCUAUGGACUGGUCUACUGUUCUCAGCAGGCUUGCCACAUUCGGACCCCCACCCUGUCACUGGUGUGGACGAGCGCCAGCUCUUGACUAUUUACCCAGUUGCUGUUUUGUACACAUUCUUUGUUUCUUGACACACGGAGGCUGCUCCCUGAGUUUAAUGUGUAUGUUUGAGAUUAAAACAAAAUGAAGCAGA